AAAGAUUUUUUUUUAUUUUUGGUGAAUUACCAAAAGAUUUCUACAGUAGGCCGCCUAACACUCUCUUCUGUUCCGAAGCACCGCCACCGCGCCUCUGCAUCCCACAACCUGUCCUUCGGCGACUUUCUCCUCUUCGUUUCUGUGCUAUUUCAAAAUCAAUUUGCCCCUACUUAGAGCAGCAAUGGGAAAGAUGUACAAGAAGAAACACGAUGAGAAACAUGGACCUCGAAGAGAACAUACCAAUAAACAGGAAGACGAAAUGGACAUAAGGAAGAUUAUGAAAGACGUUGAAAACUUCAGCAACUCACAUAUGACAUGGAAAGAACGCAAAAAGAUUGAAGAUAGGAAGGUUGUUUCCCUUGGUGGGAAGCCCCUCAAGAAUCAGAGAUUACCUUUAAGUGUGGCACGGCCAAUGAUGAAGAAACAAAAGCAGAGAGAGGAAAAAAUGCUCCAAGAGCGUAUGAUUCUAGGACGAUUUGGGGGAAAGAUUGGCGGUAGCAGUAGCAGCAGUAAAAAACCAGUUGGAAAACAUAAACCUGAGGACAGGGGUUUGAAAUUAAGCGAAGGCCGAUUUAGAAAUGGCAUACUUGAUGUGAAGCAUUUGUUGAAAUCAACACCCACAAGAGGUAAUGAUACUGGAAAAAACAUGUCGAAUACCGGGAAAAGACAAGGAGGCAACUGGAAACAUGAUAAAAGGGGUGGUGGUAAAAAGCAUGAAAUGUUUUAGAAAAUGAGAUGAGUCAUUUGUCAAAAUAUGUAUUGGCAUUAUCCUUAUGGUAUUCAACUUCUUUAUGGUAUUCAAAAUAUGUAUUGAUCAUAAUCCUAAAUGAUCCAUUUUCUAGCAUCUGUUGCGCAAAAUCUAUAAAUGUUCGGUUUUUGCCAACUAUUAUAAAAGAUUAUUGUAUCCACGUAAUUAAAUUAGUAUAGUUACAUAUUAGUAAAUAUCUUUUUUUUACGCA